AGAGAGAGAGAGAGAGAGAGAGAGAGAGCACCGCCACAGCCUGAGGGAGCAAACCCACUUCAUCAGCGGGAAAAAAGGCUACCAGCACCGGAGUGAGGGUCCCACACAGUUCCUCUAAACCCCCCGUGGAGCGAACACAUUUACCGGAGCUCGUGAGAGGAAACUUGUCCCGCGCGCAGAGAGAGAGAGAAAGUUGGCGCCUGAGCGCAGCGCGAGGCUGGAAGAUGUGAUCAGAGUUUCUAACGGCGACGCGUUUCUAACAGAGAAACAAAAUGAAAAUUACCCUCCCUGGAACCGUUUGUAUUCUCAUCUUUCUCCAGAUGUUGUGCUGGGGCAUAGAAGGACAAUGUAAGGAACCUAAAGAAGUCUCCAAACUCAAUCUCUCUGUGACCUAUAACCUCCCACACUUUGUUUCAGAUACACCUGUCCAGAAGCUUCUAGUAUUUAAUGAAAGCAUAUAUGUAGGUGCUACCAACAAACUAUAUGCAUUGGCAGGAGACCUCAAGAAGAUGACUGAGUAUCACACUGUCCAUGAGGCUCAACGAUGUGCUUAUAAGGGCUGCAGAGACAAUCCAGCCAACGCUAAUAACACUAACAUGGCUCUGGUUAUGGAGACCUACUACGACCCCGAGCUCUUCAGCUGUGGUACCAUGGGAAAUGGCGUCUGCAUCCGCCACGUGCUGGAAGAUGGCAAACUAGACGAUGUGAACUGCAUGGGCUCGCAUAACAGAGACGGCAGUCAGUAUAUCGCCGGCCCUGCAGGAACCCAGAUUGUUAACGUCUUAGCUGGUGGUGUUGUACGGUUCUUUGUUGCUAAUUCAGAGCCUCUUGCCUCCUUUCCAAGUUCUUCUCCGUGUGCCCACCACACAAUCUCUGUCAGAAAGAUGUGGGAGACCCAAGACCGCUUUGAGUUUGUCUCUAAGCAGUCCUACAUGGACCUAGCACCUGGCUUGCGUGGAAAUUAUCCCCUGAACUAUGUCUAUUCCUUCUCGAGUGGACAGUAUGUUUACUUUCUCACUGUGCAGAGAGAAAGCAGCAGCUCCAAGGUCUUCCACACCCGCAUUGUGCGCAUGUGCUCCUCCGACCUGGAGCUUUUGCACUAUGUGGAGAUGCCCUUUGAGUGUAUCUACUCGGAGAAAGGCAGGAGGAAACGUUCGACCCAGAUGGUGUUCAAUGUUCUUCAGGCAGCACAUGUAGCCAAAGCUGGCAGUGACUUGUCCAAGGAGAUGGGUCUGAAGGAAGGAGAAGAUGUGCUGUUUGCCGCCUUUGCCCGCAGCAAACCUGACUCUCCUGAACCCACAGCAAGCUCUACAGUGUGUGUGAUUUCUAUCGCUGAAAUCAACAAGUUCUUCACGGGCUUCAUGCAGCAGGGCCACACUAAACCACUCUACCACUUAUCUGGCUCUGAACUGAAACCCUACAAUCAGAGCUCUUUAGGUGAUUCAUUUGGCUGUGGAAAACAUGAGAAAGGCUACAGGCUGGAAGUCACCAGGACGCACCCACGUAAAGACUGGUUCAACGGUCGAUUUCGGAACGUUCUCCUCACCUCCAUUGCUGUGGUGCCCAUGCAGAACCACACCGUGGCUACGCUGGGGACUGCAGAAGGGAGGGUCAUCCAGGUGGUGGUUUCCCGUUUUGGCAACACAGAGCCUCAUGUGGACUUCCUCUUGGACGCUCUUCCCGUGUCCUCAGAGGUGGCGCUGCUGUCUCCACAGCGACCAGACGCUGCCGUACUGCUGGUCACAGGAAACAAGGUGUCUAAAGUGCCUUUGAUUGGUCCAGGCUGUGAGCAGUUGUGGAGCUGCAGCUCGUGUCUCCUGGCUCCGUCCUUCAUGGGCUGCGGAUGGUGCAGGAACAGAAACCUCUGCAGUCGGUCAGCUCAGUGUGAGACUUCCCUUUGGAGCCAAGACUCCUGCCCCAUUCUCAUGACUGAGAUCUUUCCUGCCACCGCUCCACUGAAAGGCCGCACCAACAUCACAAUCUGUGGCAAAAACUUUGGCUUCAGCAAAAAAGAUCGAUUUAACGCCAGUAUUAUUGACAUUGAGGUGGCUGGAGCAAAGUGCAGGUUGACCAAGAAGGACAGUAGCAACCAUCGGUUGGUUUGUGGCCUCGAUCAUGUGAACGUGUCUAGUUCUGACCCGUGGGUUAGAGUACGCAGCGGUAAGGAGCAGGGGCAGAUCAAGGGCUUCACGUUUGUGAACCCUGUUAUUAAAGGAAUCUUCCCUGCGUUUGGACCUAAAUCUGGUGGAACCUCACUGACUAUUACAGGAUUGUACCUGAACAGUGGGAGCUCACGAAAGGUUAUAAUUGGAAGUGCCACAUGUGAAAUUCAGAGUGAAUCAGCUACCGUGCUGACUUGUCAGACUCCAUCUCAACACUCGCCAUCCCAGCACAAAGUACAGCUGCAUAUCGAUGGAGUGACCCGUGAAGCUCCUGCCAACUAUACCUACAAUGAAGAUCCACUCAUCCACAGUGUCCAGCCCACACGCUCCUUCAUCAGCGGAGGCAGCACAGUGAUAGCGUCUGGCGUCUACCUCCACUCAGCCAUGCAGCCUCAGAUGUUCCUCAGCGGCCCUCCCUUCACCAAGGACAAAGAGGUUUAUGUAACGUGCACACAGGAUGAAGACAAGCUGACUAUCGUCUGCAUCACUCCAUCGCUUAAAGGCCUGAAUAUUCGCCCUCCGGUCGCCACUAAGAUGAAGUUUGUGCUUGAUGGCUUUUCAACACGGGAAUAUGACUUGACCUACGUGGAAGACCCCAAGUUUGAGGAGUUUCAGAAGCCCACUCUGACUCCUAGAGGCAGUAAGAGUGUGCUUGAGAUUAAGGUUCCUCGUGUAGAUGUGGAGGCGGUGAAGGGAGAAGUGUUGCGGGUGUCCAACCGCUCAUGUGUGAAUGUGGCUCUGGUGGGAAACACACUGGAGUGCACUGUGCCCCCCGAGCUUCAGACUGCCACCAAAGAGCUGGAGGUGGAGUGGAUGCAGGCUUCCUCCUCAGUGAUUCUGGGUCGUGUAAUUCUGGCGCAGGAGCAGGACUACAAGCCGCUGAUCGUUGGUGUGGUGUGUGUGUCCAUCCUGCUGGUCAUGCUGCUUGCGGUUUUUGCCUGGAUCAGGAGGAAGAAGCACAUCGAUGAUUUAGCUGAGGGGAUGGUUUGGUAUGACGGCCGUGCUCACAUUCCGCACUUGGACAUGCUGGCAAACGCGAGGAGUGUGAGUCCCACUAAUGAAAUGGUGUCUCACGAGUCUCUGGAUUAUAGAACCACUUUGCUUGAGGACCAGAGCUUGCCGAUGUCUCCCAGCGAGUCGUGUCGGCCUCCUCCUUAUGCUCAUGCACAUGUAGACCUGUCGCCCAUGGGGGCUGAGGGAGACCUGGCCUCCCCAUUGCUGCCUGUUUCUGCUCCUGUAGAUCUGAGCAGCCUGCACCCCGAGCUGCUAAAGGAGGUGCAGCAUGUGGUCAUCGCCAGAGAGGACCUGCUUCUACACAUCAAUGAGAUUAUUGGAAGAGGACACUUUGGUUGUGUAUUUCAUGGGACUCUGUUAGAACCAGACGGCCAGAAGCAGCACUGUGCGGUCAAGUCAUUAAACCGAAUCACAGAUAUAGAGGAAGUCUCUCAGUUCCUGAAGGAGGGGAUUAUCAUGAAGGACUUCAGCCACCCCAAUGUUCUUUCCUUGCUAGGCAUCUGCCUGCCAAGUGAAGGUUCUCCUCUGGUGGUGCUGCCUUACAUGAAGCACGGAGACCUGCGAAACUUCAUCAGGGACGAGACUCACAACCCCACAGUGAAGGACCUCAUGGGUUUUGGCCUACAGGUAGCUAAAGGCAUGGAGUAUCUUGCCAGCAAGAAGUUUGUACACCGAGACCUCGCAGCUAGGAACUGCAUGCUGGAUGAGAGCUAUACAGUGAAGGUGGCUGAUUUUGGCCUGGCCAGAGACGUGUAUGAUAAAGAAUACUACAGCGUGCACAACAAGAGCGGAGUUAAGCUGCCUGUUAAGUGGAUGGCCUUAGAGAGCCUGCAGACCCACAAGUUCACCACCAAAUCUGAUGUUUGGUCAUUUGGGGUGUUGCUAUGGGAACUCAUGACCCGAGGUGCCCCGCCUUACUCUGAUGUCAACUCCUUCGACAUCACAGUCUUUCUCUUGCAAGGCCGAAGACUGCUGCAGCCAGAGUUCUGCCCCGAUGCCCUCUACAACGUGAUGAUCGAGUGUUGGCACCCCAAACCUGAGCGACGACCUACUUUCUCUGAGCUCGUCUCCCGCAUCUCUGCCAUUUUCUCCAGUUUCAGCGGCGAGCACUACAUCCUCCUGAACACCACUUACGUCAACAUCGACAAAAUGACACCCUACCCCUCUCUCAUCUCCUCUCAGAGCCAGCUGGACCGGGACUGCUGCACCUGAGAGAGGAAGAGAGAGAGAGGGAGGAAAGCAGAGGGACAAAAAAAGAGCAAGACAGAGAAAGAAAGAGACUGUUUGAUUACUCUGAAUCUGCUGCGUAAGACUGACAGACACUGGACUGAGUGCCAGGGAACAUUUGCACUUCUCUAUGGAGAAAAAGCUGCCCAAGGUCACUGCUGAAGACAGUAAAGGGAAGCUGAUUGUCUUUAUCACUGUAGAUAGACUGCAGCCCUCUGAAGUAAGUCCUGUGGAUGGAGCAGGGCUACUGAUACCAGCUUCUAUUUGAAGCAGGCAGGACGCACGCUGACAGACUUGGACUGACUCUGCUGGACUCCUGACUGAAUGAGCCAUCAGCUCUUUCACAGCUCACACUGAUAGAAGAGGAAAGCACAGACCAAAGCCAUAGAACUCACCGAACUCUCACCGUGACUUUCCAGAUCUGUGAAAAAUGGGCUCAGAAAGUGUGUUUCUUUUUAAACACUUUUAAACCAAUUAGACUGAGAGGAAACAAGGUUCAAAAAUCCUUUGAGGGCAUUGACAAAGAUUUCGCUCAAGUGGAAUCAAACAGAUGAAACUGAUUAGAGUCAGAGUGCUGAUCCAGGAUCAGUGUCUCUCAGUUCCUACUGUAUUAUUUUACAGAAGAAGCAGAUCCUAUUCUGGGACUCCUGCUCCAUUUUGGGAGAAAUUAAAGGAUCUCUCAGAUAAUUCCUCCUCUUCUCUGGUGGUUUGUGCUGCUCAGUAUGUGAAUGUGUGUGGUGAGUUUGUGUUUAAUCUGUGAAAAACAGCAAUUCUGGGACGUUGUCUGUGUCUCUGAACUGAACACGGUGGAAUAGGAUGCUGUGAGCAGAACACUGGAUGUGUUACAUGUGAAAUUACAUAUGAUGAGUUUAUGAAUGUGCUUCCAACCACUAUUUCAUUCUAUGUUUCAUGGAUUGCACAUGUCCACAUUUUGUAUGUCUGCCCUUUCAACUGAUUCCUGUACAAAUGGUCAAAUAUUUAGAUAGAUGAGCUUAUAUGACAAGAUAUAGUUUGAUGAGGAGCCUCUGAAGUAUUGCAUUAUAUGCUUUCUUUUUUAUAAAGUCGUAUGAAAUGGCAUUUGAAGUCAAUCAGACGUAGCAGAAAUGACAAUGAAUGUGAUUUAGCAUAAAGAUCCACUGAGGGAUUGUAAAUAAUGUUUCUCUUGUCCAACCUGCUGUGUGAUUCAUGUAUAUAUAGCCUGGUCUGUGGUACCAUUCAGAAUUCAUUGGAUAUAAAAGCAAGAGAUUAGUUUUCUUUAUCUUCAGUGGUCGUUUAAGCAAAAUUUCUGGCACUGUAUAUUGUACCAGUCAAAUAGCUCCCUGUGGUCACUCAAAUAUGGUACAAAUUAUAUUUCUGUUUUCCUAAUAACCUGGUUGAAUAAAGCUCCGUCAUCAGGUUGUUUGUGCAGAACAAAUAUGGAAUAAUAAACAAAUGUUUAUGGA